AUGGUGAAUCUGGAGCCCAUGCACACAGAUAUCAAGAUGAGUGGGGAUGUAGCAGAUUCCACGGAUGCUCGCGGCGCUCUCGGCCAGGUGGAGCCAGGAAAUGAUCGAAAUGGCCUAGAUUUCAACAGGCAGAUUAAAACAGAGGACCUCAGUGACUCCCUGCAGCAGACCCUCUCCCAUCGGCCAUGCCAUCUGAGUCAAGGACCCACCAUGAUAUCCGGAAACCAAAUGCCUGGGGUAAAUGCCAGCCCUUGCCAGGACAUGGCUUCCCUCCAUCCGCUCCAGCAGCUUGUGCUGGUUCCUGGCCACUUACAGUCCGUAUCCCAGUUCCUGCUAUCUCAAACCCCACCUGGGCAGCAAGGUCUGCAGCCAAAUCUCCUCCCCUUUCCACAGCAACAAGGCAGUCUCCUCCUCCCACAGACGGGGCCUGGCCUCGCGUCCCAGGCAGUUGGGUGCCCUGGGCUGCCAGGAUCCUCUUUAGAACCCCACCUGGAAGCUUCCCAGCAUCUCCCAGUGCCCAAGCAUCUACCCAACUCUGGAGGGGCUGACGAGCCCAGAGACCUCGAGGAGCUGGAAAAGUUUGCCAAGACCUUCAAGCAGAGGCGGAUUAAGCUGGGCUUCACACAGGGAGACGUAGGGCUGGCGAUGGGAAAGCUGUAUGGCAAUGACUUCAGCCAGACUACCAUCUCACGAUUUGAGGCCCUCAAUCUGAGCUUCAAGAACAUGUGCAAGCUCAAGCCGCUGCUGGAGAAGUGGCUGAAUGAUGCAGAGUCCUCUCCGUCAGACCCCUCGGUGAGCACGCCCAGCUCAUAUCCCACCCUCAGCGAAGUGUUUGGCAGGAAGAGGAAGAAACGGACCAGCAUUGAGACCAACAUCCGCCUGACUCUGGAGAAGAGGUUUCAAGACAACCCCAAACCCAGCUCAGAGGAAAUCUCCAUGAUUGCAGAGCAGUUGUCCAUGGAGAAGGAGGUGGUAAGGGUCUGGUUCUGCAACCGACGCCAAAAGGAGAAGCGAAUCAACUGCCCUGUGGCCACACCCAUCAAAUCACCCAUCUACAAUUCCCGGCUGGUCUCUCCCUCAGGGUCUCUGGGCCCCCUCUCUGUCCCUCCUGUCCACAGCACCAUGCCUGGAACAGUAACGUCAUCCUGUUCCCCUGGGAACAGCAGCAGGCCUUCGUCUCCUGGCUCAGGACUCCAUGCCAGCAGCCCCACUGCAACUCAAAAUAACUCCAAAGCGGCAGUGAACUCCUCCUCCAGCUUUAACUCUUCAGGAUCUUGGUACCGAUGGAAUCAUCCCACCUACCUCCACUGAGACCAAAAAGUUUCCCCUACUGCACCCUGCCCCAUACUGGCCACUGGAAGGAAGGGAGUCAUGCCUGUUGUGUAUGGACAGAUUACUUUCAGAAGAGCGAAAGAAAAUCCCUAUUGUCAAUGAACCCAAACUGUUACCUUCUGCAGGAGCAAGGGCCUCCAGAGAUCCAAACUGUGAUUGAACCAUGUUCUGACUUCUAAUUGCCCUUGAAACACAUAACCCCUCCUAGGAGUUUACCAUUUUCACCUUCCUUGCCUGUGACCUUACCUUCUAGUUUCACGUACUUUAGACGGCUUCACUGUGGCAAUAGUCUUUCAGAGAAAGAACUUCUUGCUAUUAUUCUCCAACUCAUCUGUGGGCUUCUGGGGACAGCCGUUUGCCUGGCGUAUCAAACUACCAGAAGGCGAGAUAAUGGUUUUGACUCUGAAGUUAGCUACAAUCCCUGGACUGAUCCCUAAAUCUGUGCAAACAUUUGAAUCUGAUAUCUCCACCAAA